AUGCUUCUGUUCAGAAGGGAUGGUGCUCUUUUUGAUCCUUGGGCAUUCUAUUCUGGACCACAGCAGGAAAACAUGUCUCCAGGACUAGACAAGAAUUGUUGGUUGUUUGAUUUGCAAGAGACUUUCAAGGAGAAGGGUGGAACCAAACUCAAGGCUCUUGAUCAACUUUGGAGCUCCCAAGAUGAGCAUCAGGUCAUAGGCCAUGUGCAACAGAAAGGGCAAACCAAGAAAGUCACAGUAGUCUGGCUGCUGGCAGAUGGUACCACAGAUACUUUACUGCAUCAGUUUGCCCAGGGAAAGGCAAGGCAGAGUGAAACAUUUGUUUCCAAAGCUAAAGCAUUUUUGGCAUUGAACAACAAUGAAGAUAGUGAUGGGGAUACAAGUGACAGUGAGGUUGACAAUCACUCUCCUUCCAUUGUGCAAGUGAAAGGGAAAGGGACAAGCCACAAGAGGAAGAGAAGCAAUGAUGUUGCUGACAAAGGAAAGAAGCAGAAAACAAAGGGGGGAGAAGUCCCACUCCCUUUAGAUGUUGGCAGGAGUAGCCCCAUUGAUGAUGGCUCCCUGGAUUUGUCUGGAGAUGUGCAUCAGCAAAAAAUUGUUAUGCUCCUGAGUGCUCCGGAGUAUGGGGAGCACUGGGAGAAUCAGGAGGAGAUUGGCCGGUCCAGGAACAGCUCAUUUCCUCCGGAGUUGGUCAGGUACUCCAGGGCACUCCCAGGAGGGCAUGGAGCAUUGCUUUGUGCACAAACAUAUCCAGUAAAUACAAUUUAA